GCCAAUUUCUAUUGUCUCUGAUCGAGACCCGAGCUUCACAUCUCGGUUUUGGCAAAGUUUACAUGAUGCCUUGGGAACUAAACUGCAUUUUACCUCAGCUUAUCAUCCUCAAACAGAUGGGCAGAGUGAACGAACCAUCCUUACCUUAGAGGAGUUACUUCGAUCAUGUGUAAUGCAAUGGGAGGAAUCAUGGAUUGACCAUUUGCCCUUAAUUGAGUUUGCUUACAACAACCAGUACCAUAGUAGCUUGGGUGUUCCACCAUAUGAAGCACUUUAUGGGAGGAAGUGUAGAACACUAUUAUGUUGGGAUGUAGAAGGAGCAAGGCAAAUCUCAGGGCCAGAGAUAGUUCAGAUCACAGUUGACAAGGUCAAGGAAAUCAGGGAGCGUUUAAGGGUGGCUCAAGAUCGACAGAAAGUUUAUGUUGACACGAGUAGGCGUGAAGUUAAUUUCGAUGUGGGUGAGAAAGUAUUUCUCAAAGUGUCACCAUGGAAAGGGGUUAUGACAUUUGGUAAGAAAGGAAAGCUUGCACCUCGAUAUAUUGGGCCAUAUGAAAUCACAGAGAAUAUUGGACCAGUGGCUUAUAAGUUAGCAUUGCCUCCAGAACUAUCCCAAAUCCACAAUGUAUUUCAUGUUAGUAUGCUGAAGAGGUACAAAGUGGAUCCUUCCCAUGUUAUACAACCAGAAGAGAUCGAGUUGGGUCCAGAUUUAACUUUUGAGGAGGUUCCAAUUGAGAUUGUUGAUUUUCAGAUUAAGACUCUUCGCAGGAAAGAAAUUCCAAUGUUGAAAGUGGUGUUGAGAAAUCAAGAUAGUGAGAGUGCUACAUGGGAGACUGAAGCAAGUAUGCGAGAGAAGUACCCUGAGUUAGUAGCAACCUACUUUGCAGGUUAACAAUCUUGCCUAAUAAGUUAUGUUUUCAGCUUGUUGAUGUGCUUUUGUUGUGAUAGCCCAGUAUAGGUUUUUGAAACCUAAACAUGGGAACUUGAGGUGUUAUGUGUUAUUUUCUAUGUUAUGAAUCGCCUAUUCUAAGAGUUAGGAAAGGGUUUAUCUAUGAUAGACCAUGUUAAGGGUAAGUAAGAGGAGUUAGAGUACGACUCAUGGAUAGAUUUCGGGGACGAAAUCUUUUAAGGAGGGGAGAAUUGUAACAUCCCGUUCCGGCAAAACCCAUAUUUUGAUUGCUAGAAAGUUCGUGAUUUAAAAUCGAGCGUUUUAAUAGUAUUUCGGCGAAAAUUGGAUUAUCGAUCGAUCGGAUAAGUAUACGGAUUAAUUAUAUAUAUAUAUAUAUAUAUAUAUAUAUAAAUAUGGUUCCUUCUACUGUACCUCGAGUGAAAUCCGGGGUACCACAUACCUUGAGUUUAGAUCGGAGCCGGGAUCGUUGAAUUUAGCUCCGGCCAGGGUUUGAUGUGUUUUUAUCAAGAAUUUGACCCGGAGCCUAGAACUAAUAUUGACGGGGAUACUGCAGGGGAUAUUAGGACGGUCUCGAAUUUUAAUUCGGGGUUCGUUCCUGAAAUUGACGUUUUAGUACGGGAAGGUUUAACCGGUGUUUGAACGACCAGAACUGGUGAGGGAUUAGCACGGCAUACCGGGUUUGUCGUAUCAUGAUAAUUAUAUUGAUGCUUAGAAUUGACCUAGGUGAAUUAGAAUGGCAUGCUUAGGGGUGUAUGGACUUUUCUGCUAUAUGAUGAACUAUAGGCUUCUGUAUGAUAUUAUUGACUUGCCCUAAUCGAUAUGGACCUUGUUUAUGUUGAUGAUUGCAUAUAUGUUGCCAGAUGUGGGGUUAAUUGUGAAUAUGCCUUAUGAUGUUUCGAGAAGGUGAUUGGAUAUGAUUUUUCAUGAUUGUUGUAUUUGGAUGCACAAGUGGGAAAAUAUAUAUUCCCUGGUAAUAUUAUGAUGUUUUAAGGAGGAUGACUUGCACGAGGGUGUAUCCCGAGGAAGUGCAAUUAUACGAAUCCUGAUUUACCUAUGUUGAGCCAAUUGUGGCCAGGUCAAGUACAUGUGUAAGUAAUGAAUUAUGAUUAAGCAA